GGCUGGAGCACCGGGGCCAAGGUCGCCGCUGGCACGGCUGGCGUGGCCGCGGUGGCUGGCCUGGCCGUGGGCGGCGUCAUCCUCGGGGAGCACAUCGUCGAGGAGGGCUGGGACGCCACGAUGGAGGACCUGGGCGACUGGGCUGGCGACGCAGGCUCGACCGUCGCGGGUGUUGCGGAGGAUGCCGGGGAGGCUAUCGCGGGCGCUGCGGAGGACGUCGUGGACUGGGUGGGCGACGCCGCGGACACCGCCGGCGACUUCAUCAUGGACCUGUGGUGA